UCAUGAGUGCUUCGAACCCCAGGGGAUCGAGUCUGGAGAUUCAUGGAGAAGAGGCAGAGAUGGAUCGGGCUCGUGGAGGUCUUUCUGAUCGUGGGGCUUCUCCUCAGCUGCCCUCGCCGUCUCUCCGCUCUGUCCGUCACGGUGAACGACUUGGAGUGCGUCUACGAGUUCGUCCCCUACGAGGGCGAUACCGUGUCCGGCAAUUUCGUCGUCGUGGAUCAUGAUAUAUUUUGGGGCUCUGAUCACCCCGGCAUUGAUCUCAUCGUGACGUCUCCAGCUGGUAACACUGUGCAUACCAUGAAGGGAACUUCUGGUGACAAAUUUGACUUCAAGGCUCCAAGAGCUGGAAUGUACAAGUUUUGUUUUCAUAAUGCAAACAGAGCACCAGAGACUGUCUCCUUUUACAUUCAUGUAGGCCAUAUUCCAAAUGAACAUGACCUAGCCAAAGACGAGCAUCUGGAUCCAAUAAAUGUGAAAAUUGCGCAGCUUAGGGAAGCAUUAGAGUCUGUCACAGCAGAACAGCGUUAUUUAAAAGCACGUGAAGCUCGCCAUCGCCACACAAAUGAGAGCACAAGAAAGCGCCUUACAUUCUAUACAGUUAUGGAGUACUUGGUGCUGGCUUGUGCUAGUGGACUUCAGGUUGUUUACAUCCGACGCCUUUUCAAUCGAUCAGUGGCAUAUAACAGGGUCUAGACUUCAUUGAGCCUUCAUUUUAUUCUUCGACAUUGUUUAUGUACCAUCACUAACUUUUGCUGGUAGUUAUUUAUUUUUUGUUUCAAGUUUUCCCUGCCAUAGUUCUUGUCGCAGAGGUUGUUUUAAUUUAUGUUUUGAAAGCAAGUUGGUAAAAGGAGUAGAAAACUUGAUUGGUUC